UGGCUGCGGGGGAGAUGGAGCCGGGAGUGUUCGUGGGGGAAAGCGGUCGCCACACCGCCCGGGGGUCCGCCUCCAGCAGGGUCCCGUGCAGGAACUUUGCCCGUGGAGCCUGCAGAUGGGGACAGAACUGUCGAUUUUCCCAUGACAGGAAGAUGACUCAGAUCUGUAGGUAUUUCCAGAAUGGGUUCUGUGGCUAUGGAGACCGUUGCAGCUACCAGCAUAUCUCGGAAGCACCAACCUUGAGCAGAUGUGGCUCAGAGUCUGCCUUCCAUGGAUUACAGGGAGGUGUGAUUUCAGUGAACCGCCGGGGCUCAGAGCCAGCCAUCUUGCCAGAGUCUUCUGUAAGGAGCUGGGGAGGGGGAGCCCGGCGUGGCUCUGAACCAGCUGUCUCGAGUGUGGCGCAGCUACAGUGGAACUCUGGAAGUCUGAGCCUGUCACUUGACGAGGAAGAUGAAGACAAGGAAACAGUGAUCACUACAUGCCAUCCACCUAACUGGGCUCUCAGCAAAGAAUUUGUCCCCAAGCAGACCCCUUCUGGCUCUCGGCCCCAUGAACAUAAAGUGGACACCGCAUCCCUAGAGACAGAAGAUGCAGCUACUAAGGAGUCACCUACUGCUUCUGUGGUCAUACAGGAGCCAAAGGCAGCCAGUGGUUCAGGAGCUGCAGCAGCAACAGCAGUAGAGAAGAGUGAGGAUGUGGUAUGUGGCAUCUGCAUGGACAAAGUCUACGAGAAGACUUUACCUGAGGAGCGUUUAUUUGGUAUUCUUCCUAACUGCAGCCAUGCCUAUUGUGUGGGUUGCAUCCGGAAGUGGCGGAAGAGUCGGGACUUUCAGAAUGCAGUGAUAAAGGGCUGUCCAGAGUGCAGAGUCACUUCAAGUUACUUUAUUCCUAAUAAGUAUUGGGUCUCUGAUACAGAUGAGAAAGAAAAACUGAUUGAGACUUUCAAGGCACGGACUGGCAAAAUAAGAUGCAAAUUCUUUGUCAGAGGCAAUGGUCACUGCCCCUUUAAGUCAGAGUGCAUUUAUCUUCAUGAGCUUCCGGGAGGCCAAGUCCCCAUGCCUCGCCCACGACAAAGACCUGAUCGGCGGAGACGGAGGCCCAUCAUCUACAACCCAUCUCCAUCCGAAAGCUCUGAUGAAGAUGACAGCGACAUAUGCCUUGUCCAGUGGGCUCUCACCAUUGCGCUGUUAGAGAGAGACUCAGAUUUUUCCAACUUUCUGUUUUGGGAUUCCAGCGAUUCUGAUUAGGUGAUGAUGACCAAAUCAUUGGAGGCUGCAUAGGUGAUUCUGGGAACAAUCUCCAUGACCUAAGAAAUGGUGCCUAGGGAGAAAGGGUAUAGAAAGAUGUUUUGACUUUUAAUAGGCUUAACUUUCGGUGGGUCUUGUAGUAUUUCACUGGAAACCAGAAGUUGAGAGCAUGUAGUGCAAAGACCCAUUUCAUACUGGGAAUGCCUCCUGAUUCACGGGAAAAAUAUUACCACUGUUGGCACAUGACCUUCUACAUAUCACUGCCAUUUUUCUAUCCCUUGCAUUGUCAUUAUCUUCCCAUCUUUCUGUCUCCACACAGUUCACAUCCUGGAUUUCCUAUCAUGGGAUCCGUCAAGAGUCUCCCAGUCAUGUUUUCUAGAAGAGUUGCCAGGUUAUUGUGCUCAGUCUUUAUAUACUCUUCAGAGGCAGAGUGUUCAGCUUUGCUCAUGCUGCUGCUGUUAUUUGUUUCCUCAGGAAGGCAGAUUUGCUGAGCAGUGCUAUUGUCUACAUCAGGCAAUGUCUCUUGCUGCUCUGUUAGCAGUGCUAUCUGGUGUCUUUAGUAGGCUUAAGCCAGGGUGUAGUAUGGGUGGUUUAAAUGUAAUAUCUGAAUUUUUUAUUGAUGCAGUGAUUAGUAUUGGAGGCUUCUAAUUAUCAUUAAUCCUUAAUCCCCAGUCCUUAGGAUCUGGGAUCAGCAAGCCCCUAUAUGUAUUUUUAACUCUAGAAGUAUCUGGAGAACGUGAAAUAAAAUGAGCUUUAAAAAUGUA